AUGUUGAAUAGAAAGCUAAAACGUCGUCAAAUCUCUGGUUCAUAUUUUGUUGCUUUAGAAACUUGUCAAUUAUUAAUGAGAGUCAUCUCUGCUGCUAGAUGGAAUAACACAAACCAAUUGAUUGAACAAAUACGGCAAUUGGGUAAAACUUUGAUUAAUGCUCAACCAAGAGAAUUUACUUGUGGUAACAUUAUAAGAAGAGUUUUAGCUAUAAUAAGAGAUGAAGUUUAUGAGACUACUGAAAAUGAAAAUAUGACACCAAUGAUUUCUUCAAUGUUUAGUUUAUUAAGUACUAAUGUUGAAAAAAAAGAACCUAUUGCUCCUCCUGUACCUACAAAUCCAAGAAUUCAUCAUAAUAAAAAUCAUGAUCUAAGGUCAAUUAUUAUACAAGGUAUUAGAGAUUUAAUUGAUGAAAUUUCAAAUAUUGAUGAUGGUAUUGAAGCCAUGUCUGUUGAUUUAAUUCAUGAUAAUGAAAUCUUAUUAACUCCAACUCCUGAUUCCAAAACUGUUUUAAAAUUUUUAUUAAAAGCUAGACAAAAAAGAAAAUUUACUGUUUUAGUUACUGAAUGUUUCCCAAAUAGAACUUCCAUCGCUCAUAGUUUUGCAAAAGAAUUAUCAGAUGCUAAAAUUGAUACAGUGGUGAUACCUGAUUCUCAUGUCUUUGCAGUAAUGUCAAGAGUUGGUAAAGUUAUAGUUGGUGCAAGAUCUGUUUUCGCAAAUGGUGGUACUGUAUCAAGUGCAGGUGUUGCAGCAGUUGCUGAAUGUGCUAAAGAACAUAAAACUCCUGUUUUUUCAGUUGCAGGUCUUUAUAAAUUAAGUCCAACUUAUCCAUUUGAUGUUGAAAAUUUAAUUGAAGUUGGUAAUUCUGGUAAAGUUAUAAAUUUUUCUGAAAGUAAUUUAGUUCAACAUGCUGAUAUUACAAAUCCAUUAUUUGAUUAUAUCCCACCUGAACAUAUUGAUAUCUACAUCACAAACAUGUAUGUAUUCAUUCAUCCAUUCCCUGUGGUUUUUUGGGCGAAAUUUUACUAA